AUGGCUCCCUCCCAUCGACGAAACAUUGGCGCCAGCCGGCGGAAGCGAAGGGACGAAGAAGGCGAAGAUGAGGGCUCGGUGAAUGGAGAACUGGAGGAUGACUCACUGAGUGAAGGAUCGGUCGGAACCCACCAGGACGAAGACGAUGACGAUGACGAUGCGGAUGGAGAAGUCAGCAACGGGAGCGAAGAUGAAGCUGCUCCUGGUUCCGGCCAAGCGGGCUACAAGAACAAUGGCACAGCCCAUGCAGGAGUGCGGGACACGGCCCAACAGGGCGACAAUAAGGCUGUCCCCGCAAAGAAGGGGCCUUCCACACAAGCCAUAUCGGAUACCGAGACGAUGAUGAAUGGGUUAAAGAUUUCUGAACACACGAGUGAUACGGCCGAGGUGCAUUAUGACGAGCUGGAAGGGUCUGACCGACAGACUGCUUCUGCAGAACCCAAGCGUGAGACAUUUGCGGAAAAGAAGCGCCGCGAAAAUGAGAAAUACGUCAAGGAGCGGGAUGAAAAUCCAGCCUUUGUGCCAACGCGAGGAAGCUUCUUUCUACACGACAAACGUUCAACGGACCCUGGCUCCAACGGCCACCGACCGUUCAACAAGUCAAAGACAAGACCAUACGGACUCAUCGUUGACGGGAACGUACGAAAGAAUCCACCCAAAUCAGAUGCUAGUGAAGGACAGUGGACUCAUGACCUUCAUGACACCGUUGCUGGGGACGACCGAUUUCCUUCCAAGUCUCCCGUCGUGUCUUCUACCGGCUCCCUCUCCGGUCUCUCCAAGCCCGUCCCGACCGCUCCUCGUUCUUCACCUCCCAACCGCUCAUUUUCCACAACGGUGUUGAUUGGAAAUGUGCCUGUUGUGGUUUCCCUGCCAGGCAUGGCCAACCCUAUUCCCUUCCCUGCCGUUCCUAAAAGACAAUACACCCGUCUGCCCCAGCAUCGGCCACCUUUACGGCGAGACAAACCGGUUCGGAUUUCCUUGCCUGGCCAACAGCCCAGGUAUAUCUAUCCUUCAACCGAACGUUCGUUCAUCUUCAUCCCUCGGGCAUUGCGUCCCAACCAGCAGGGAUUCCGUGGCCGGGGACGUGGUGGCUUCUAUAGCGGACGGCGCUCGAGUUUCUACGCGAACAGUGCCUACUCAGCCAGCGUCACCAUGAGUCGGAGAUCGUCGCUGGGCAUGCCCACGCCUCAGGAGGGAUUCCCUUCGCCGGCGGGCUCGGUCAUGUCCAGGCAAACCGUGGUCACGACGGAGAAUGGCAAACCAGUCGUCCGUCUUCCACCCCCCAGACCCCUUGGAGGCAUUGUACCCCCAGGCCCGGUCAAUGCGCCUGUUGUGGCAGGAAUCCCGCCUCCACUUCCUGCUGCCGCCCCUGUCCCAUUCGCUCAACCCCAACCACAAUACCCACCCUAUCGGGAAAGCCGCCCCGCGAUGAUUCCCAUGCACCAACCUCGCCCCCAGAAGGCCGUGUCUGUUGCUGACAUCGAGACUCCGGCAAAUCUGGGGUUCAACCCCCCGCAGCCUCAACAGGAACAGCCGUUCCACCAACAAGUCCCGAUGUCUGUCAACGGCCCAGUCUAUGGUCAUGACGCACCUGCUUCGCUGCAGGGGCCUCCUUCUAGCCAGGUUUCCGUGACGCCUCUGUCGCAUAUUCCCGACCGAGCUGUCCACGCCCAGCCGUUUCAACCCUACGGUUUCCAGCAGCCUCAGGGAUUCUAUCCGCCUUCCUUCCCUUCUGGUUCGAUGUAUUACCCCCUGCCCGGCACUGAAUACUCGCCCUAUACCCAUACGGCUGCCGGUCCGGGAGCCUCUGUCCCCCCCCCAUUUGCACCUCCGGGCCAGCAGGUGCCGUAUGUGGUGCCUGGUCCACCGCCCGCCGAGCAGGCUUCGCAGGCCGGCACGGUGGCACACGAGGCUGGCGGCACUGUCUAUUAUUAUGAUGCUUCUCAGAUGUACGGCAACCCGUCCUUCACCAUGUCUGCCUCGGGACCCGGCGGAGUUGUCGGUAUGGGUGGCAUGAUGACACCUCCUGGGACUACCUACUAUUAUCCUCAACCGCAGGGUGUCUUUUACUCGGCUCAGUAG